AGCUGGAUGAACUUCGGGCUGAAAUGGAAGAAAUGCGUGACAGCUAUUUAGAGGAAGAUGUUUACCAGCUGCAGGAGCUCCGGCGAGAGCUGGACCGGGCAAACAAGAAUUGCCGCAUUCUGCAAUAUCGUCUCAGGAAAGCGGAACAGAAAAGCUUGAAAGUUGCACAAACAGGCCAUGUGGAUGGAGAGCUCAUUAGGAGCCUGGAGCAAGAUUUAAAGGUAGCCAAAGAUGUUUCUGUCAGACUGCACCAUGAGCUGGAGAGCGUGGAGGAGAAACGUGUUAAAGCCGAAGAUGAAAAUGAAAUCCUUCGGCAGCAAAUUAUUGAGGUGGAAGUAUCCAAGCAGACACUGCAAAAUGAGCUGGACAAGUUAAAAGAGAGUUCCCUGAAGAGAAGAGGCAGCAGAGAAAUGCACAAAGAAAAAAAGGCAUUUUCCCAGAAUUGCAAAACGGAGCUUCUUGGAAAAUACCAGGCACCAGGCAAAACACAAAGAAAAGUGGUUCUCCAGCGCAAGGAGGAUAGCGCUGAUUUGAAGUGCCAGCUCCAGUUUGCUAAAGAGGAGGCAGCGCUGAUGCGUAAGAAGAUGGCCAAACUGGGGAGGGAGAAGGAUGAACUGGAGCAGGAGCUCCAGAAGUACAAGUCCAUCUAUGGAGACGUGGACAGUCCCCUGCCUACCGGGGAGGCAGGGGGCCCGCCCAGCACCAGAGAGGCCGAGCUGAAGCUUCGUUUGAAGCUGGUGGAGGAGGAAGCCAACAUACUGGGCAGAAAAAUAGUGGAACUGGAGGUGGAGAACAGGGGGAUUAAAGCUGAGAUGGAGGAUAUGAGGUGCCAGUACGAAAAAGAAUGUCUCAGCAGGGACCACAUUUCAAGCAUUCCUACCUCGCCCUACGGCGACUCCGUGGAGUCGGCCACGGAGCUGCGCCGGCACCUGCAGUUUGUGGAAGAGGAAGCAGAACUGCUGAGGCGGUCAAUCUCCGAAAUCGAGGAUCACAACAAGCAGCUAACAAACGAGCUGAACAAAUUCAAGUUUGAGCCAGGCCAGGAGCCAGGCUGGUUGGAUGACGUGGCAUCCAAGUGCGGUGGCACCUUGCAAGAGGAGCUGAAGUCGGCCAGGUUGCAAAUCAACGAGCUGAGCGGGAAAGUGAUGAAGCUCCAGUAUGAGAACAGGGUCCUGAUGUCCAAUGUCCAGCGUUAUGAUCUUGCAUCUCACCUGGGCCUGCGCACUUCCAGCCCCAGGGACAGCGAUGCCGACAGUGAUGCCGGGAAGAAGGAGAGUGACAGCGAAGAGGGUCGCCCACCCCAGCCUAAGAGAGAGGGGCCCAUCGGGGGUGAGAGCGACUCUGAAGAAGUGUAUGAGAAGACGUCGGGGUUUGGGAGUGGGAAGCCAUCGGAAGUCAGCGACCUGUGCUCUGCCGAGCUCAUGAGAGUGAAAGAGGACACCGAGUCUUUAAUUAACAUCAAACGUGAGGCUGAGCGGCUCGAAAGGACUGUGGACCGCCUUAUCACCGAUACGGACAGCUUGAUUUAUGAUGCGAAGGUGCACAUAACCAGCAGCCCAUCCACCGAGCAGGAUUUCAAAGGUGAUGAGGAAAGGGGGGAGGAUAAGCACGAACCGGAGCUUCUGGACACCAUCAACUCCAGGAUGAAAGCUUUCCGGAAGGAGCUGCAGACCUUCCUGGAGAAGGUUGAUCACAUUGGGGAGGGCCUUAAGGAGCAGAUGGAGGACCUCUCCCCUCUUCCCCAUCUCACAGAGUCUUCCAGUUUUCUAUCCACCAUGACAUCCAUGUCUCGAGACUCUCCCAUUGGUAACCUGGGGAAGGAGUUAAUCACUGACUUCCAGUCCAAACUGAGGGAUCAGAUGGAGUGGCAGCUCAAACAACAUCGUGGAGAGGAGCGAGAGAUUCACCACCAGCGAGCCACCACCGACCCACACCGCAGAGCUGAUGGAGACAUUAAACUCUACAGGCCAGGAGACAAGGGCUGUUUCAGUCUAGAGAAUGUAUCGAUACAGGAGCUUCAGGCUCAGCUUGAGCAGGAGACGAGACUUCACCGAGAGGAGCAAGAAAAGUUUACAGAAAGGAUCAUCCAGCUGGAGGAGGAGCAUAUACAGACCCUGCGAAGGAAAGACUUGGAAGUGCAGAGCUUGGCUUUGCAAAACAAACUGGAAGAGAAGACCUGGAGCCAGGAGAAAAGUCUGCUACAGCAAGAACUCAGGCAUUUCAGGCAGGACACCUUUCUGCUGUAUGUCAAACUGAAGUGGCUGCUGAAACAUUGGCGGCAAGGCAAGCGAAUGGAGGAGGAAGGGGACGACGUAUUAGAGAUCGAGCACACUGAGGCCCUCCCAGACUUUGGCAUUCAGUGUGAGCAGAAGGCGGACGAUGCAGAGCGAGAGGAGGAGGAAGAGGAUGUUGUGUUUGCACUGACAGAUUUCUCCCAGCGUCCCACCACGGAGAGCAGUGAUCAUGGACCACAGCUGCAGACUGCAGAAUUACUGCAGCAGCAGAAGCAGGCAAGUGAAAAUCGGAAGCUCCUGAACGCUCUGAAGGGUUUGCUGGAUGACUUCCGCUCGGAGCUGCGGGACGAGGAGCGUGAGCGCCAGGGGCUCCAGCAGCAGUAUGCCCUGCACAAGGCAGCCUGGGAUGUGGAAAUGACUGAACUGAAGUGCCACCUCGAACAGCUGGAAGGGAAGAGUGAGAACACCUCAGGAGAAACAGGCCUCACUUCUGAUGCAAAGGGAGCUUUUACAAGGGACAGAGAGGAGCACAUGGCUGAGAGUCAUGGUGUGGUGAUGGACCUCCGCUGGCAAAUCCAGCACAGUGAGAAGAAUUGGAACCGGGAAAAGGUGGAGCUCCUGGACAGGCUUGAUAGAGACCGGCAAGAAUGGGAGCGUCAAAAGAAGGAGCUGCUCAGGCGGAUAGAGCAGCUUCAGAAAGAAGUGAGCCCACGAAGAGGAGGUGGUUUUCUGUGUGACCAGAAGGAGAGUAACCUUCAUCCAUUUACGACCCAGGGGAGCCUUCACGUGCCUCGUUCGAUGGGGUCAAGAUCCUACUCUGAUUCAGAUGCCAUUCAGUUUGACGAUCGGUCACUGUCUAAGUUGAAGGAGAGCGAUCGGUGCAGUGCCACGGAAAACCUCUUUCUGGAGUCGCUGUCUCUUGAUUCCCCCGACGAGUCUGAUGAGCACCGGUCUCGGCAGCUGGAGCGGGAGAAAUUCUUGACUGGAUUAACGGAAGAGGAAGAAACACACAAAGGAAAUCUUCAAAGGGCCAUGUCCGUUUCUUCCAUGUCAGAAUUUCAGCGCCUGAUGGAUAUUUCUCCAUUUCUACCAGAAAAAAACUUGCCUUCAUCCAGCAGCAAAGAUGACUUAACCCCUCCCCUGUCACCUGAUGAUCUGAAAUACAUUGAAGAAUUCAACAAAAAUUGGGAUUACAGUAACACUAGGAACCAUGGUGGGGCCACCGAGAAGCCUGCUGAAGGCUGGGCAGAAAGGACAGAAAUUGGGAAAGCCGGGAUUGAUCCUGCUUCAGAUCCCUUCCAGGCAUCAUCAUGGUACCUCACCACCAGUGUCACUAUGACAACUAACACCAUGACCAGCCCGGAGCACUGCCAGAAGCAGCCAACCAGGAGUCAUGGUGUGACUGAAAAAAUGGGAGUUCGGGUCUUUCACAGCCCACCGGUUGUCCGUAGGUUUGAUAACUCAGUGAUAGCUGGCAGCGAAGGGAAAAACCAGGUUGAGCCGGACUUCCUGUUUUCUGUGACCAAAGCUAUGGGGAAUGUCGCUGAGACAAAAGGUGCUUCUUCGGAUAUGUUUGGAAGAUGGUCUUGUGACCUGGCCAAACAUCAUAAGGAUUUUCUGGAGAGUGGUCUUCAUCCCAUUGAACGUCCUAUUUGCACUACUGUGGGCUUUGCCUCACCCUUGCAUGGCUUGGAGAUGUCCAAAAACAUGAGUGAUGAUAUGAAGGAGGUCGCUUUCUCUGUCCGAAACGCAAUACGCUCUAACUCUAAUGCAACAGAGCCUCAGUUUAAGGACAUCGCAUGUCAAACCAACGGUAUGAGAACGACAGGGACGCAGACCACCCAGACGAUCAGUGUUGGCUUGCAGACGGAAACCCUGCGCAGUAUCACCAGCAGUCCACACAAGUGUCUGACACCAAAGGGGGGGUCCACACCUGUCUCUUCGCCAUCCAGAAGCCUAAGAAGCAGGCAAGUGACCCCCGUCAUUGAAAAGGUCCAGGCUAAGUUUGAACGCACAUGCUGCUCCCCCAAAUAUGGCUCUCCAAAGCUGCAAAGAAAAAUCCUUCCCAAAUCAGAUCAGCCAAAUAACCGGACUUUGCCUGGCACACCUCAGAAAGGAUUCAGUGAGUCCGCUUGGGCUAGAUCAACUACUACAAGGGAGAGUCCUGUCCACACCACCAUCAACGAUGGCCUCUCCAGUUUGUUCAACAUUAUUGACCAUAGCCCCAUCUUUCAUGAGACCUUCCAAAAAUGCCCCAGGUCUAGCAGCCGGUCCAGGUCAGCAGAACCCAGACCAGAACUGGGCCCAGUGCAGGAGCCAUGUACAAAUGCCCGUGGCAGAUCACCCAGUCCUCUCCGGUUGGGGACAGAGACACAAAAGGAAGAAGGGACUGAGGUGACAAGUAUCAGGCAGGACUUAUCUGCUCCUCCAGGGUAUACGCUUACAGAAAAUGCUUCCAGGAUCUUGAAUAAGAAACUUCUGGAGCAUGCCUUAAAGGAAGAGAGAAGGCUACCUUCACACAGCCCACCAAAUCUUAGCAAUGACAACAGCACAGGAGAAAUUGUCAAAGUAGAUCCAGGGUCCAUAGAGGAACUACCUUGUUCUGCACUAGCCCCGUCCCUCCAACCCUGCUUCUCCCGGCCGGAGAGACCAGCGAACCGUCGCCCACCGUCGCGAUGGGCUUCACAUUCCCCUACUGCCUCACAGUCACAGUCCACCGGAGACCUGACUUCCUCGGAGGAGAGCGGAAGCAAGGAGCCGCCGGCAGAGACCCCCAGCCAGGGAGGCGAGCUGGCCUGACUCCGCACGGGAAUAGGGGGGCUGCGACUCGCCUCCGCCAGGUCACCCGCCAGCCGUCUCUGCCACGAAGGAGAGAGUUCCACUUGGAGAGGUCAAAGAAUGUUCUCAGACGCAGCUGCUGAAUGUCCAACCUGGGAAACAGAGGUGUUUCUAGAAUGAAACAGUUAAUGUGCCUGUAAUAACUUAAUUUUUUUCAUAGCUGAGAAAACUAUUUUUGUCUCCAUCUUUUCUACAUACAGUAUAUUAACAAAAAAAAAAAAACAAAAAAAGGGUAAAAAUGAUAUUAAGUAAGAUUUAAAAUAAAAUGUAAACUAAGUUUUAAGGGAAUUUGAAUAUGUGCUCGUGCUCUCUCCAAAUACUGACUGCCUUUUGGUUAUAUUUGCACUGUUAUGUUUUCGAUUUUGGUUUUGGGUUUUUUGGGUUGGUUUUUUUUUUUAUUUCAUGUAAAACUAGGGUCUUAAGUUAAUUUUAUUCUAUUUUAAUGUCAGUGUUACCGGUUUUUAAAAGUAAGGUUCUUAAAGAUGCUUCAACUAUCUGAAGCGAUACCUUUUAAGUAGUGAAGAAAGCCAUUAAGCUAGUUCACUAGACUUGUAUUAAUUGAGAUGGAGGGGAAUACAGGUAAACACAAGAAAAAGUGAAAAAAAAAAAGAAUGCCUCAGAAAGUCUUAUGGAGUUAGCUGUAAAAUACACCUACAAUACUUGACUUGCAUGCCUCUGGGUCCUCGCACUUUAGUGCAUGUACAUACUGCUACUGUACUUCUACCAUCACAUAAAUGUGAGUCAAUCUGUUUCACUGUAAUAUUGUUGUGAAUUUACCUGUACUGUACUUUUAUUGUUGGUAUUCUUGCAUUGACUAUACAAAAAGAGUUUUUAAAUUAUUGUUAGCAGUUCAACUGGCUAUGUACAGUGUUUACUGAGAACUUCCUUCGUUUGGGGAAAACCAUGGAGAUCUCUGGGCAUACUAAAUUGUAACUGGUCUUGUUUAAGAGUCUGUUGGAGACCAUGUGAAGUGGAAAUAAAACCCUCAGUAUUUACAA